UCCCCCUUGCCCCGGAUCUGAGGGUCCCCUUCCAUCCAGGUCUCAUCCCUAGAGCCUGGGGUCCCUGUUCUCCCUUCUCCGCAGAGGGACUGGUCUCGAUCAGCCCAAGCCCAGCGGUUCCUCCCGGGCUGACAGCCUGCCUGGGAGGGGGCCUGGCUGUGUACGUGACUUCCAAGUUACAGGAAAGGGAGAAGGGGCGAGGGCUGCCUUACUGCUGCUGCCGCCUGGGCAGGGAGAACAGGGCAGCAACCUAGCCUGGAGCGUGGUCUAGGGCAGCCCAGCGUGGGUAGGUCCGCAGUCCUGGAGACCCUCCUCUCCACAGUUCCCUUCUGGGAGGGAGAGGGGCAGUGUGGUAGAUAGGUCUGGGUCUGUGCCCCAGAGGCAAUGAGGACAGUUACCAGGUUCCGGAAGCUGAGAGGAGAGCCCGGGAAGCGCUCUACCACGUGGGCUUCCGCAGGCUCUCCACAGGGCUGCCUCAUAGGAACGUUACCGCAAUGGCCUCAGCAGCGCGCCUGGCGAUGAUGUGGGAGGAGGUCACUUGCCCUAUCUGCCUGGAUCCUGUCGUGGAGCCUGUGAGCAUUGAAUGUGGCCACAGCUUCUGCCACGACUGCAUCUCUCAGGUGGGAAAAGAUGGGGGCGGCGUCUGCCCUGUGUGUCAGCACAUCUUCUUGCUCCGGAACGUCAGGCCCAACUGGCCGCUGGCCAACAUGGUGGACAACCUUAAACAAAUUGACCAGAGUGCCAAGGAGGGCAUGCAGUGGGAGCGGUGCGAGGUGCACGGAGAGAAACUGCACCUGUUCUGCGAGGAAGACGGGAAGAUCCUUUGCUGGGUGUGUUCCCAGUCCCAGAACCACCGUAACCACCACAUGGUCCCUAUUGAGGAGGCUGCUCAGGAGUACAAGGAGAAGCUCCAGGUGGCAUUAGGGAACCUGAGAAAAGGACAACGGUUGGCGGAGGAGUUGGAAGUGGAUAUUGCAAUGAAGAGAGCAGCCUGGAAGAGUCAGGUUGAGACACACAAACUGCGGAUUCACACAGAGUUUGUGCAGCAGCAGAACUUCCUGGCUGCAGAGGAACAGAGACAGCUACAGAAGCUAGAGAUGGAGGAGAAGGAGCAGCUGAGAAUCCUGGGCGAGAGGGAGGCCACACUGGCCCAGAAGAGCCAGGCCCUGCAGGAGCUGGUCGUGGAGCUGGAGAAGAGGAGCAGGGGCUCAGCCCUGGAGCUGCUGCAGGAGGUGAAAAGUGUCCUGGGAAGGAGUGAGUGUUGGAACCUGAAGAAUCUGGACAUCACCCCUCCAGACCUGAGGAGUGUGUGCCUCGUGCCAGGACUGAAAAGGAUGCUGAGGACUUACGGAGUACACAUCACUCUGGAUCCACACACAGCCAAUCCGUGGCUCAUCCUGUCAGAGGAUCGGAGACAAGUGAGGCUUGGAGGCAGCCGGCAGGAAGUGCCUGAAAAUGAGGGCAGAUUUGACACUUAUCCCAUGGUCCUGGGUGCCCAGUUCUUUGACUCUGGAAAGGUUUACUGGGAGGUAGAUGUGACAGGAAAGGAGGCCUGGGACCUGGGUGUUUGUAGAGACUCUGUGCGGAGGAAAGGGCAUUUUUUGCUCAGCCCCCAAAAUGGCUUCUGGACAAUUUGGCUGUGGAACAAACAAAAAUAUGAGGCUGGCACCAGCCCCCAGACUCCCCUCCACCUUCGGGUGCCUCCGUGCCAAGUUGGGAUCUUCCUUGACUAUGAGGCCAGCACUGUCUCCUUCUACAACAUCACUGACCACGGCUCCCUCAUCUACACUUUCUCCGAAUGUGCCUUCGCUGGACCUCUGCGGCCCUUCUUCAGUACUGGUUUUAAUGAUGAAGGAAGUAACUCAGCCCCUCUUGUCCUCCGUCCAUUGGGGGUGGGUUGGUAGGGAUCCUCUGACCACUGGUAGCUCCCCCUCUGUGGGUGCCCUUCUCAGCCACUGACCCUGCCUCAUCUCCGCAUGAACUCUGAACCACUUUGUCUCUGCAGACCUGUCAGGACACCAGCAAGCAGACUUUGGCAGGGACUUCACUGAAAAUUUAUGUCAGAUGACCUUCACCAUCAGCGUUCCUCCCUAGAUUGCUUUAUAAUUCCCUCUAUGAAACAAACUAAUUGGCCCAAAUCUUCUGGAUCAAACAAAACAUGUUUCUGCCUUCUUUAUGUGACUCAAGUCUCAUUUUCUCCUCUCCAUCACUAGGCCUUUAGUCAGAUCUCGGUUAUUUACCUUUGCAGAGUUUGCAAAGGGGCUUCCUUUGUACGUGGGGCCUCAAUCUAACCCAUUCGAUCCUUGUUCUCAUACAUCUAGGAUUAUUGUUCCAAUGUACACACAUAUAAGUGGCUCCACACACCUGUAGAAAAACAGCCAUACUUUGAAAAUAAAGGCUGAAUGAUCCAGACCUUAGACUUCCACAUUAUGUAUCCAGCCUGCUGUACUCCCCAUCCCUGCCAUGCUCUCCCAACCACAUCUUGUUGAUAUUGGAGUUGGUUAAGGGGCGCAUCAAUCUAAAUCGAAGGAGUAAUGGUUUUUUGAUAGGUCAGCUUGGCUAGGCUAUAAGCCAUCAGGUUUUCAAUCACUAAUCUAGAUAUUGCUGUGAAGGUAUUUUGUAGGUGUUAUUAAAAGUCCAUAAUCAUUUGA